GUAUUAGUUGUGGAGUUUAAUAAAUUUCCCUGGAUUUUAAAAGUCUGGGUGUAUUCGUUCCAGACUUUUAAAAGUCUGUGGAAAUCUGGGUGUAUUCGUUCCAGACUUUUAAAAGUCCAUAUAAAUCUGGGUGUAUUCGUUUCAGACUUUUUAAAAUCCAUACAAAUCUAGGUGUAUUCGUUAUUCCAUUGACUUCAAAUCCGGAAUGACUUUCAUGGAUUUCAUCAAAAAAAUACACACGACGAAAUCCGGCCAAGAACCACGAGAAUUGAAAUCCAUGGAGUUUCGAGCGAUCGCUGAGUUCCAGCGCCCGCGGCCAAGAAGCCAGCGAGCGCCGGAACUCAGCACACGUUGAGAAAGACCAGCGCUCGCUGGGUUUGAGCGUGCGCUGGGUUCCCAGCGGCCGCUGGGUUGCAGCGGUCGCUGGGCCCAGGCAGCCCAGCCCAGCAACGCCUUUAAAUACCCGUCUUCGAUUUUUUUUCCCCACAAUCUGACAGACGCCUACUGCCUUCAAAAAAGAGUUCAGGGUUCUACUUUACCUUUUAGCCAGUACUGUUCGGUGUCUAGUAAUAUUAUUAUGGGAGACUCUCAACCACAAGAAUCCAAAAAAAGGGCAGUGUAUGAAGCAUGGACACAGGAACAAAGUGAUGCCUUGUUACGAAUUCUGGCUGAAUCUGCAAUUAGGGGAUGGCGCGAUAAUAGUGGUAUAUUUAGCAAAGCAACAGUAGAGGAAAGAAUAUUGCCUGUUCUGAAUGACAAACUUAGGUGCAAUAAAAAUUAUAAUCACUACCAAAGUCGUAUCAAAUGGUUUAAGAGCCGUUGGACUGCGUAUUCAAACCUCAUGAAGUCUAACUCUGGUUUUGGUUAUGACAACGACACCAAAAAAUUCACGGCCCCAGAUGAAGUAUGGGAUGCGUAUAUAGAGGCUCACCCAAAAGAUGCAUACUUACGCACUGGGAGUUUUUCGGAUUAUGAUGAAUUGAGACUUGCUGUUGGAAACGGUGUGGCUGUAGGAAGAAACGCAAUUGGAGUUGGCAGUGCUACUGAUGCUAGGACAAUAGGAGUUGAUGAAAGUAGAGGUCCAACCAUAGAGGAGUUGAAUUACGAUACUGCUACUGAGGCGUUUGUAGUACUGGGUGAAGAUGAUCCACCGUUAUCCGGCUCCAAAUCACCUUUGGAGCCCACUGAAGUGCCUGUGGAGUCCACUCAGAGAAGAGCUCCCGCCAAGAGAAGCAGAGGCCAGUUUGAGACAAAUUCAGGCCACUCUGAAAAUAGUUCGCAUCAGGAGCUCCUGGUAGAAAUUAAAAAAGUCACUAGCACAAUGGAUCGAGUUGAAAGCCUCUUUGUUAAACGAGAUACUAUGAUGGAGAAAAGAGAAGAGGAAAAAAGUUUUACAACUUGGGAUGCUAUCUUAGAAAUUCCUGAUUUGAGUGAAGAUGACCGCUACACAGCAUUUGACUUGCUUGUUACAAAGUCACAAAAAGAUGGAUUUAUGAAAAUGACUGUUCCUCAACGCAAAAGAUGGAUAGAAUUCAAGACUAGGAAAUAGAGGAUAGUUUAGUCAUGUUUUUUGAACUAUGUUUUUAUGUUUGUUUCACCAUAUUUUUAUGAGUACAUUGUUUUGUUGGUUUUAUGUUUUAAUACUUUAUUUUGUUGAUUAAUGAAUGGUUUUUUAUUAGUAUUUUUUAAAGGCUAUCUUUUGUGUUUCCCUUUUAUUCUUAUUUCAAUUAUUGUUUCAUUGUUUUAAAUGGCAGCAUGAAUUAUGAAGAUAAAAUUGAAAUUGCAAUUGAAGAAGACAUAGAUGAAGAACUUGAGGAUGAAAUCGAAACAGAGAUGGAGAUUGAACUUUCUGUUCAUGCUAGGCAACUGAUGGAAUCAGCUAAGGUAGUUAUCACUCUAUUGGGGAAUAUGAUGACGCAUCAUCCGACUGCUGACAACGCUCUGAUGCGACGACCAAAGACUAGGAAAGGAUUCCGUUUUAUUAUGGACAUGAUGGAUGGAGAUCCGAGCCAAUUUCGACAGUUGUAUAGAAUGUAUCCUGACGUCUUCAUCAAAUUAUGCCAGAUCAUUAGGGAGAAAGCUCAUGUGGAUGAUACACGAUACACAACUGUUGAAGAAAUGUUGGCAACAUUCCUCAUCAUUGUAGGGCACAACGAUCGUUAUUGUAACGUUCGUGAAAGGUUUGGUCGUUCGCAUUUUGCUACUAGUCAGAAUUUCAACAAAAUCUUGAGAGCAUUGAACACCAUAGCACCGGACAUGAUGUUUAAGCCGACUGGCGCAAUACCCGCUAAAAUCCGGGAAAGUACAAGAUUUUAUCCUUACUUCAAGGAUUGUAUCGGGGCUAUAGACGGCACUCAUAUCCCGGCCACGAUAAUAGGAAAAGACGUGAGCUGUUAUCGUAACCGUCAUGGGGUGAAUUCGCAAAAUGUUUUGGCAGCUUGCAACUUUGAUUUGCAGUUCAUCUAUGUGCUUAGUGGAUGGGAAGGCUCAGCCCAUGAUUCCAAAAUUUUAAGUGAUGCAUAUUCUAGACCCAAUGGACUCCACGUGCCUCAAGGUAAAUAUUUUCUAGUAGAUUGUGGAUUUGCCAAUCGUCGACAGUUUUUGGCUCCGUUACGUGGCGUUCGUUAUCAUCUCAAAGAUUUCGGUGGUGACGGGCGUAAUCCAAGAAAUGCAGAUGAGUUGUUCAAUCUUCGACACGCAUCAUUGCGAAACGUGAUUGAACGCAUUUUUGGAAUCUUCAAAUCACGUUUCACAAUUUUCAAAACAGCUCCUCCGUUCCCUUUUCAAACACAAGCAGAGUUAGUUUUGGCUUGUGCUGGAUUGCAUAACUUUCUCCGAAAGGAGUGUCGUUCUGAUGAAUUUCCAGUCGAAGUUGAAGAAGGAAAUGUUGCAGCAGAUGUUGAAAACGAUGCGGACAUUUUGGAUUAUCUUUCUCAAAGCCAGCUGUCACAGAGGAAUGAAGCUAAUACAUGGAGAGCAAGUAUUGCUAAUGCUAUGUGGGAAAAUAGACAUAUAACUGAAACCGAUCAAGACACACAGGCGGAGACCGAAGAUAAUAGUUAGGGAGGUGUUUUGAUGGAUGUCGUUGAAUUAACGUUUUUUUUUCAAUGUUGGAAUUUUUAUGAAUGUUGACGUUAUUUUGUUUUUUUU